AUGGCCAAUUCUGGAGGAGGCGCUGUCUGCAAUGGGAAUCUUUACAGUCACAAGAAGCAGGACGGCUCACAGAAUGGAAACUGCAUGAAGAAUGGCCUCUUGAAGGAAGUCCAGCAAAAUGGGAAGCCACAUUUUUAUGAGAAGCCGAUUGUUGAAUCCUUUGAGGAAGCACCUCUUCAUGUUAUGGUUUUCACUUACAUGGGAUAUGGAAUUGGAACCCUAUUUGGCUAUCUCAGAGACUUUUUGAGAAACUCGGGAAUAGAAAAAUGCAAUGCAGCUAUAGAGCGAGAAGAACAAAAAGAUUUUGUACCACUGUAUCAAAACUUUGAGAAUUUCUACACACGAAACAUUUACAUGAGAAUCAGAGACAACUGGAACCGGCCCAUUUGCAGUGCCCCAGGGCCUCUGUUUGACGUGAUGGAGAGGGUGUCGGAUGACUACAACUGGACAUUUCGCUUCACUGGAAGAAUCAUCAAAGAUGUCAUCAACAUGGGCUCCUAUAACUUCCUUGGCUUGGCAGUCAGGUACGAUGAAUCUAUGAGGACAGUGAAGGAGGUUUUAGAGGAGUAUGGCGUAGGUGUGGCCAGUACCAGACAUGAAAUGGGAACCUUGGAUAAGCAUAAAGAGUUGGAGGACCUUGUGGCUCAGUUCCUGAAGGUAGAAGCAGCCAUGGUCUUUGGGAUGGGAUUUGCAACUAACUCAAUGAAUAUUCCUGCAUUAGUUGGGAAGGGAUGCCUCAUUUUAAGUGAUGAGUUAAAUCACGCAUCUCUUGUGCUUGGGGCCCGACUCUCAGGUGCAACCAUAAGGAUCUUCAAACACAACAACAUGCAAAGCCUAGAGAAGCUCCUGAGAGAUGCUGUAAUCUAUGGCCAGCCUCGAACCCGCAGAGCUUGGAAAAAGAUCCUCAUCAUGGUGGAGGGCGUCUACAGCAUGGAAGGUUCCAUUGUGAAUCUGCCCCAGAUCGUAGCUCUAAAGAAGAAAUACAAGGCUUACCUCUACAUUGAUGAAGCUCACAGUAUUGGGUCUGUGGGCCCGACUGGCCGGGGAGUAGCGGAAUUCUUUGGAAUGGACCCUCAAGAUGUCGAUGUGCUUAUGGGCACAUUCACCAAAAGCUUUGGAGCCUCGGGAGGUUACAUAGCUGGAAGGAAGGACCUUGUGGAUUAUUUACGGGUUCACUCACACAGUGCUGUUUAUGCUACCUCCAUGAGCCCCCCGAUAGCAGAGCAAAUCAUCAGAUCAAUGAAAUUCAUCAUGGGACUGGAUGGGACCACACAAGGGUUAAAGAGAGUACGGCAACUUGCAAAAAACACAAGAUACUUCAGACAGAGACUGAACGAAAUGGGAUUCAUUAUCUAUGGCAAUGAGGAAUCUCCCGUGGUCCCCCUGCUCCUUUACAUGCCUGGUAAAGUAGCGGCCUUUGCAAGGCACCUGCUAAAAAGAAAGAUUGGGGUAGUGGUCGUUGGAUUUCCAGCUACUCCCUUAGCGGAAGCCAGGGCACGGUUCUGCGUUUCAGCAGCACAUACCCGAGAGAUGUUAGACACGGUGUUGGAAGCCCUAGAUGAGAUGGGUGAUCUCCUGAACCUGAAAUAUUCCCGGAACAAGAAGUCAGCACGCCCUGAACUCUAUGAUGAAACAAGCUUUGAACUCGAUGAUUAA